AUGGACUCGGGCACUUUGCGGCGCCUUGAGAUGAAAAACUGCGAGGACGACAGAGUAUGGGAGACGAACACCUCACAUUCCGAGCCUGACAAAUUGAUGGACUUUGGCAUUUGUCCGUACGAGGCAUGCGGGUACGUUGCGUAG